AUGGCGACUUUUUAUGCCAAUCCAGAUGAAACAAACGAACUCUGGAUUGAAACAGCUGCUCUCGAAACACCAAGAUUUAGAAUUUGGCACUACAUAUUUUUUUGUUUUUCAGCUUUUACUGUAUUUGUUGUCCUAUUUUGCUGCUGUAUUAAAAUACGUGUACCCAGAACGAAACAAGAAAUCGAAGCAGACUAUUGUAGAAAAAAAUUGGCAGUAAAAUUUAGAGAGAGACUGAAGCUGAUUAAGAAUCAAGAAAUGAAUAACAUGGAUUUAGAAAGAGCAUUGCAGAUCAUUCAAGAUGACUACAAAGAGGAGAGAAUGCGACUUAAUCUUUCGGCCCCUGCAGGAACUACUAACAACCCUAACCCCGAUAAUAUUGCCGAACCACAGCAACCUUUUCGAAAAUUUUCGUCUCUAAUAUUGUCUACUAAAUUUGCAAUGAAACCUUAGGUAUAAAAUAAGUUUUAUGUUAUUAAGCGAAUAGAAAUCUGAUUAUUGUCUGUAUGCCGUAUCAUAUAUCUUGAUAUACCCAGUGGCAGCUCGGGGUAAAAAAUUUUAGGUGUUCUGCAAUUUACCAAAAAAAAAAUUUUUUUUCGUCUUUCAAAAUUUUACUUUCCGUUUUUAUCGAGGCUAGAUUAGGUUUUUACCAUAUUUUACUAAUUUAUUGUCUCAAGAAUGUCACAAACCAUUUAAACAGAUUAAACACUUCCCGAAACUUGACCGUGUUGAGAGUAUGUUCACUAAAUUAAGAUAUGCUUCGCGACUCAGAGUUUAAUUUAGUUCAUCCCAGCCGAAAAAUGUAUAGGUCCAAAAAAUAUGCCAAGACUACAGGAAGUAUCGCUCUCAUCAUAUCCUCAAAUAGCCAAUUUAAAUGCCCUACAAAUAUUAUUUGGCAAUAUAUAACUAUUUCUUAGCACAAAGUGAUGUAAUUUGGUAACCCCUAUUUCCAAGCUCUUUCGUCACCAAAAAGUAAUCAGAGAAAACAAUAUGAUGCAUUGGUUGGAUAUCUAUACAAAUCUAAUCAUUUUUAACAUAAAUAUCUUGAGUUAAUUUAUUUGUGUAGCUCUUUCUCUACUUGUAACAUGUUUUUCUAUAAUAAUAAAGUAAAAUGGUAAACGCCUACAUUUAGUUUCUUAUUCUUUCUCUUGUUCGUAUUUACAAAAAAAAAACUUUCAUAUUACACAGAAUCACACUAACUCUAUUGUAGUUAUUCAGCCCAAAUGGUUCUAAAAAGUUAUACAUUUUAGACAGUCGCAAAAAAGCUAUUUACUCGCUAGCUGUCUACCCACCUAUUACGCUGGAAUGAAAUCAGCAACUUCUCCAAUUAGACACGUCACUGUUAAUCAUGGAAAGAGCGCGCAGAGCACGUUCGUUUAUACUAGAUGAAUAAUAAUGCUCCAAAAGCUUGAAUCGAAAGGUAGAUAUUAUUGAACUGGUCAACUCAACUGAGUUGUAUAAGGUAUUACCAUGCGACUGUGAAGUAUUUAAAAUUUUCUAUUGGAUAAGUUAUAGAAAAUGUUCUAUUGACUUAGAUUAUUUGAAUUAUAUAAUUAUCAUUUCAAUCACUAGCCGUCCCCAGGUACCUAAUUAUUCUUUUAAAUGAAAAAUUUUGCAUACUUGUAUAUUUUCUAGUAUUUUUCUUUCAAUAAUUAUAAAAAAUAAAUAAGAAAUAAA